AUGUCUGCGUCGUCCCCCAGCAUUCUGCCAAGCAUUGGUCAGAUCGUGCGGCGGUGCGUGGGGCUCUUGCGAGCCAUUGAUCUUGUACACAGCUUCAGAUGCUACACAUCCCUCGUUCUGCUCAUCGACAUCCUAAGGCAUGGGGCUCACUACAUGGCGCUGCCAUCCAUGCUGGAGGCGUUCCUUCGGCGCUCCAGUGCCA